GUCCGCCGUCUGCUAGUCCCGAAGUCGGCGAAGAAGAGCUUCACACGAAUGAGGGAAUCGUGUUGGCGAAAAUUGUGAGCCGCUAUGAAUUUGAUAAGGCAUGGAGCUGCUGACCGCUAAAGUUGAAGCAUAGGUUCGGAAGCCGGGCUCGCGCGAUAGGCUCGGAUGCCAGGGCCUAGUUGCAGGGCAGAAACUAAGUUAGAACUGCACGUAACGCCAGGUGAUGGGACUAGCACAAGCUGUAGCGCAAACAGUAGCAGUGACAUUCACCAGCAGCAGCAGCAGUCGCAGCAUCAUCACCACCUGCAACUCCAAGGGCAUGGAUAUCCACGCGAGGAUGCAAUGGCUCGAUCGCCCAGUCAUGAGUCGUUCGCCACGGAUCUCUCACUGCUCUCCCUCUCAAGCUCGGGCUCGGAUGUAAGUCGCUUCAGAAUCGGGCUGAUGUCGAUUUCACGAGUUACCUCGGCCGAUCGCGAGGAACAGGUGGCGCCGCUGAUACACGUGCAUGAUGCGGCUCCAACUGCCACGACGCCCACCAGCUCCGGCAGACAGCAUCAUCAUCAUCACCACCAUCCGCUCGCAUCGAAUCGGAACAGCUUGCAGGUUCCGGGGGAAUCCUACGGGAAUUCUCGAAGUCAAGACGCACUGUUCGAAGAGGAGUCGGACGUCAUUAGGAAUUGUUCGGUUUUGUCCUCCGCUGUUCUAGGUCUCAUGAAAAGUUUCUCUACGGGUGAUAUAUCGAGCUCGUUCGAAUUCACUGAGCCGUUGAGGAAUACCGUAUCGGAGGAAAUACUCUGUGCCAACGCUUGGGCAACCUUUGAGGUUCCUGCAAAUCGACGACUUGACUGCACGUCAAGGUCGUGCAGUACGUGGGUUGCUGUGGGAGAUAUGCAGUCUUCGACCAGUCAACUCCCAUCUCCGUCCACGCGAUGUGGUUCUGGCAAUAUUUCAGGAUUCACCGCGGCAGAUUUGGUGCGCUCAGUAAAUAAGAAGGUUCGACAAAUGUAUAUCAGGCGAAGGCUCUUAUCAACUUACAAGGCGCUCGAGAGACUCACGAAAAGCCAGUUGAACCUCAGCGAAGCUCUGCAGGCAUCAGGACCUUCGGAUAUAAAGAAAAACAUCCAGGAUGAAUUGCGUCUCAUGUCUUCAGCGACAGGGGCCAGAGGCCAGGAAGGUCGCAAGACGCCUCUGACACAGCGAGAUGUCGAACAGGAUCGGGGGAAACCUUUGACGAAAUACGAGCGUAAUAUCAUGAUAUUCAACUGGCUUCAUAAUAUAGAUGAUGACACUGAGAUGCCGUUCGAAGUCGCGUCCCAGACCCAACAACCCGGGACCCAAACUUUGCAACCAGCCGCUUAG